GGACGUCGGACGGUGUGGCGUGGGGUCGUAAUGACGUGUGCUGUUAAUCGACAUGUGUUCUAUAACAUGUAACACGGGAAGAUGAAAGGAGUAUUCUAAAAGCGACUCGUGUAAACACCUUAAUCACAAUAUUGUCUUAUUCAGAAUAAGGUCAAUAAUUAGAUUACUGCUGUCCGUGUAAACACCUUAAUCAGGAUAUUGUCUUAUUCAGAAUGAGGUCAAUAAUUAGAUUACUGCUGUUCAUGUAAACGUAGUCAAUGACACAGAAGACUCAAUCACGGGGCGAAUGUGGGCGAAGCCAUGCCUUCGUUUUCAAAAGUCUUCGUUUUGGUCUGUUUACACUGAAACACGAGCCCGGAGUUUUCAAUCUAAAACGUGGGUCUUCGAGGGUCGAAAACGCCGGAGUAGUGUAGACGACAUGCGUAACCGUAGCAAAAGUUGUGCGUUUUCGGUUUAAAACGCAUGAGUGUAAACAAGGCCUCAGUGUCAGAGUGUUUUUCUUCCUUCUCAGCGUGUUUUUUUUUGUUCGUUUCUUGAAAAGUUCAAUAGUUUUGGCACAAAUGCUGAAUUCCUUCCAUAGCAUUUGAAGUUGUUUUGUUCUCUGUACCUGACUCCACCGAGCGCACGUGGUCGUUAUGUGCAGGGGGUGGGGGAGAUGAAUCGGGUCGGCGCUAGGACCGCGGCGUCCUGCUAUAGUGGUAACAGCCCUGCAGAGCCAGAGCCGUUUGGGAGGCGUAGUGGAGCAAAGGCAAAAGGGGAGCGGGGUAAAUGAAAACACUUCACCUGGCCUUUUUUCUGUGGGAUUUAGCAGCCAGCGAAAAUCGCCUGACGCCACCCAGGGCAAUGUUCCGGAGGCAUUUGUGAUCUGUCGUCGAGGUAACCUUUGAGAAGAGGCUCCUUGCCCAAGUGAAGGAGAUCGUGGGCUUCGGAGCUGCUGCUCUCCCCCUGAGACGCUGACUGUCUUCCUCCGUCCAGCAUGACAGACGUGGUGAUCGUGAAGGAGGGAUGGCUCCACAAACGAGGAGAGUACAUUAAGACGUGGAGGCCGAGGUAUUUCUUGCUGAAGAAUGACGGUACGUUUAUCGGUUAUAAGGAGCGGCCACAGGACGUGGACCAGCUAGAGACGCCGCUCAAUAACUUCUCCGUGGCACAAUGUCAGCUGAUGAAGACGGAGAGGCCGAAGCCCAACACAUUCAUCAUCCGUUGCCUGCAGUGGACCACUGUUAUUGAGCGCACGUUCCACGUGGAGACCCCAGAGGAACGGGAGGAAUGGACUAAAGCCAUCCAGGCUGUGGCUGACAGUCUGCAGAAACAGGAGGAGGAGAUGAUGGACUCUUCUCCUGACCCCAUGGACAUGGAGAUGUAUCUAACCAAACCUCGGCAGAAAGUGACUAUGCAUGACUUUGAAUACCUCAAACUCCUUGGGAAAGGCACUUUUGGCAAAGUCAUCCUGGUGAAGGAGAAGGCCACAGGAAAAUAUUACGCCAUGAAAAUCCUUAAGAAGGAAGUAAUAGUAGCGAAAGAUGAAGUGGCUCACACACUCACAGAAAACCGCGUCCUCCAGAAUUCUAAGCACCCUUUCUUGACGGCGCUGAAAUACUCGUUCCAAACACACGACCGCCUGUGCUUCGUCAUGGAGUACGCGAACGGGGGAGAGCUUUUCUUCCACUUGUCACGGGACCGGGUGUUCUCUGAGGAUCGGGCACGGUUCUACGGAGCAGAAAUCGUUUCUGCACUGGACUAUCUGCACUUGGAGAGGAACGUGGUUUACCGCGACCUGAAGCUGGAAAAUCUGAUGCUGGACAAAGACGGCCAUAUAAAGAUCACUGACUUUGGGCUUUGUAAAGAGGGCAUAACGGACGGAGCCACCAUGAAGACGUUCUGCGGCACCCCAGAGUAUCUGGCACCUGAGGUGCUGGAGGACAACGAUUACGGCCGCGCCGUAGACUGGUGGGGCCUGGGCGUGGUCAUGUACGAGAUGAUGUGCGGCCGCCUGCCCUUCUAUAACCAGGACCACGAGCGCCUGUUCGAGCUCAUCCUUAUGGAGGACAUCCGCUUUCCCCGUACACUCGCCCCUGAGGCUAAAUCCCUGCUCUCCGGCCUUCUCAAGAAAGACCCCAAACAGCGGUUAGGAGGUGGGCCUGAUGAUGCGAAAGAAAUCAUGCAGCACAAGUUUUUCGCUGGAAUUGUGUGGCAAGAUGUUUAUGAGAAAAAGCUGAUCCCUCCAUUUAAGCCCCAGGUUACCUCAGAAACGGAUACGAGAUAUUUUGACGAGGAGUUCACCGCACAGACCAUCACUAUCACGCCACCGGGAGAAGAUGAAAACAUGGAGCCGUUCGACAGCGAGAGGAGACCCCACUUCCCCAAGUUCUCCUACUCUGCCAGUGGAACCUGUUAGACAGCCCUUUUCCCCCCAUAUCAGCCACCGCGCCACUGAGUCCAGCGCCCUCUGCCAGGUGCUUCGGGUAGCUGUUGCUCUUUUGCACCACUGACCAACGACACAUUUCCCCCUACAGCACACAACCUGGCCCAAGUGCACAGGCAGCCUUCUCCUGGAUUUCAUCCGCUUCAGAUUGUGGCCCUCUCACCAUUUUGGUUUGCUUUACAUUUCAUAAUAUUGUGAGCGAGAAACAUCAAACUUCUAGCAGUUUUACGUUUCCUUUGUGGCCUUCUAAUGAUUAUUUUAUUAUUUUAUUUUUCUGACUAUAUGAGAAGGAAAACACACACACACACACACACACGCACAAAAAUGAGUGCAUCAGCUGAUAGGUUUUAUAACCAAGUCAGAUAUUUACAGUAGAGUUAAUGAAAUGCCAAAUAUACUCGUUUUACUUGUAUUUAAAAAAAAAAAAAAAAAAAGAAGACGACCAAUCAUUUGGACCAACUGAAACGUUUCUACAUUUUUAUACACUGA